UGUUUGCUUUGAUUGACUACCGAUUUCACUUGGAAAUUAAGCGAAAUUAUGUAAAAUUUUGUUGCAACUUAACGUGUUUUGAAUAACAAAAACCGUACCCAUAUAUUUUUAACGGGAAUCAACUAAUUGCAACAACUCAUUUGUCCUGCAAAAUAAGAUUUCACCGCCGCAAAUAAGUCGCAAAUAAUUUGUGUUUUAAGUGUUUGUAAUUAUAACUUUGUGUUUUGUUGAAUAUUUCUGUUACGAAACAGUGUUUCUGUUCAUUAUUUUGUAUGUCGCAUCGUUGACGUAGUUGAAAAUCACAAGUGCCUGAAAUUGAUUACAUUCGGUUUUGGUAUUUGUAAGAAAACGCAAAAUGAACAGCAUGAAUAACUUCUUGUCGCCUCGGGCAAUGGUUGGAGCUGCUAUUGUGGGCAUCGUUGGAGCCGCCGGCGUAUUUAUUUACGAGCAAAUAUAUGCCGAGAAGAGGAGGGCUAUGUUAGUGAGAGAAGUAGCGAGAUUGGACAAGCAGGUGACAUCGAUGAGGUCAGAACUUGAAGCACUCAGAGAAUUGCAGAAGGAAACUAAUAUUCGGCGCAUGAAGCAGCGUCGCACGCGGCGGGUGCGGCCCGUCAAGCCGGCGCCCAGCGGGGACGCUCCCGACGCGCCCGAACAGAGCUAUGCGUCUGACUCGGAGUAUUUUACUGACUACCAGUCUGUGCUCGGUACAGAUGGUGAACUAGACAGUGAAGAGUUCUACGACGUGCCGACGGACGAAGACGAUGACGACACGCUUCGAGAGUCGCUGCGGAACGGACACGCAAUCUCAGAACUACCUGACGAGGACUCCCCAAAGAUCACAGUGGAAACACCGGCCACUCCAGUCAAAAACGUGACCUAGCUGUGACAACAUUCAUAGCUGAGUCCAGUAGUGGGAGUGUAGUAUUAGAUAGUGGGGAAUGGGCAAACCACCGUAGCUAGUUAUAAUGGUUGCGACUAAACGAAUAGUUAAGCGAAAUUAACUGCUAACUAAUCCAUGUAUAGUUAAACUUAAACUGUAAGUUUGUUAAGGUAUUAACGUUUAACAAGAGUUAAAACUCAAAUAUAAUCAGCUAAGAAUGAUUCGGACUACCGCACAAAGCUUGAUCAAACGGUGAUCUGAUGUUAGAAAACGGAAAUUUUAAUACAGGCUAUACCAUAGCCUAGCUAGAAAGACGUAGAAUCUACCCAUAUUGUAAAAUAUGAAUGUUACAUUUAUUUAUUUAUUGAAUAGAAUAGAACGGUAAAAACCAAUUACACUACUCAUAUACACAUAAAACAUAACUUAUUAUCAAGAACAGUAACUUAUAUCGACUUAGAAAUUUUAAUAUAAAUUAAAGAUACAAGGAAAUACAAGAAAAAAAAUAUCGGAAUAAUAAUACAUCUACUACAAUCUAUCUUUUUAAAGAAAUUUAGAAUGGCAAAGUGUUAAUAAUAGGGUUCCUUACAGGUAAUUUUAAGGUUUAGGUUACGAAACACUAAAAUUACCUGCUAUGAAGAAUUUAAUCCUUCUGUACCGUUUCAUUGUCAGUCAAAUCCGACGCACAAAGGCACCUUAAUUCGGAACAAGGAUUCGUAGAUCACACAAAUGAUUGUCAUACCCGGUAAUCGAACCCCCAACACGUCAUUCGCAGUGGGUUUGGCGUGGUGACCUAUGAGUGUAGCAGAACAGACAAUAUUUGAUUAUAUAGAAACAAUAUCGGACCAAUGGUGUCAAGUAUCUUGCAAAAUAUUGAAAACUGUUGCCAUUGGAGUUAAUCGGUUCGGGCGUUUUGAAUAUUAGGUGGAACAAACAGAC